AUGUCUUGUUUGAUUGAAUCAACGGUAAAAGCAAGGUCAUCUUCAUCUUCUUCCUCAUUGUCGUCUUUAUCGUCGUCCUCAUCGUCGUCCUCAGACUCAUUCGAAAGCGACCGGUUCAUUGACAAACUGAAGGGCUUGGUACUAAAUAAGGCCAUAAAGAGAAAGAAGAAGAAAGAAAAGGCACUAAGGAAGCUUGAUUCCAGCAAAAUUAAAUGGCCAUGGUCUUCAGAUGGAGAUGAUGACACCAAGUCAGGGGAGGAAUGGGAGAAGCAGGAGAAUGUGGAGGAACGUGUCUUCGGUCAGGAGACAACAACAGGCAGAG